AUGUCCCAAAUAAGUUUAGAGAAACAAGUUGCGCAGGUAGCUAAUUCUCUGAACUUGCGUCCUCAAGGUGGGCUGCCCGCUGAUACUGAACCCAAUCCAAAGCAACUGCAUGCGGUAAGUACUAGAAGUGGGUUACAAUUAGAGGAACUAGCUCUAAAGAAGAGAGAUACUGAGGUAAGUACCAAAGAAAAAAAAGUGGAAGAGGUAGUAAAAAGCUCCAAUGUUGAGGUACCUGUUCCUCAAAAGAAAUUACCACCUCCGUUUCCACAGAGGCUCAAGAAGCAGAAUGAAGAUGAAUGCUUCAGUAAGUUUCUUUUUCUCCUUAAACAGGUUCAUAUUAAUCUUCCUUUGGUUGACAUUUUGCAGGGUAUCCCGAAGUAUUCUAAAUACGUGAAGGACAUUGUGGCUAACAAGAGGAGGCUCACGGAGUAUGAAACUGUAGCACUUACUGAGGAGUGCAGAUCUAGGAUCCAAAAGAGACUGCCCAAAAAGUUAAAAGAUCUAGGUAGUUUUACUGUGCAGAUUACAAUUGGGCAAAAUGUUCAUGCCAGCGGAUUGUGUGAUUUAGGGCAAAGUAUAAAUCUGAUGCCCUUAUCAUUGUAUCUAAAGCUUGGAUUGGGUAGUAAAAAAAGAACCACUGUUAUUCUCCAACUCGCUGAUAGAUCCAUUGCUAGGCAUGAAGGGGUGGUAGAAGAUGUGUUAGUUCAAGUAGGUUCAUUGAUUUUUCUUGUAGAUUUUAUGGUCUUAGAUUUUGAACCCGAUUUUGAAAUUUCGUUCACUUUGGGACGUCUAUUCUUGGCCACAGGUAGGGCAUUGAUUGAUGUAGCAGCUAGUCAACUAACUAUGAGGACACAUGAUAAGGUUGAGGUAUUCGAUGUUUACUGUGCUUUAAAAUUGCCUUCUAUCUAUGAAGAGUUGUCUGCUAUUACUGUUGUUGAUCAAAUAGUAGAAUCACAAGUAGUUGUGCCUGAAGAUCCCUUAGAGAGAGUGUUAACAGAGUUGUCUGAAAUACAGGUUGAUGCGACAUUGAGGAUCUUAAAAAGGAGAAAGAAGGCGAUUGGAUGGCAGAUGGCUGAAAUACAGGUGGCAUUUUUGUGGCGUGCUGAGAGGCGUGACGCGCCACUACUGGAAUUACUGGAACGUUUUUUAGGCGCGCUGAGAGAGGCACCGCGCCAAGGAGUAAACUUCAGAGGCCUUUCUCAAGCGCUCUGCUAG